AUGGAGAAGGAGAGGAAAAAGUAUGUAGCUCACUGUCUUGUUCUACCUUAUCCUGCACAAGGACAUAUCAAUCCUAUGCUUCAGUUCUCCAAGCGUUUGAUUCAGAGAGGAGUGAAGGUCACACUGGUAACAGUUGUGUCCAAUUGGAAAAAUAUUAGCAGCAAAAACUUCACUUCCAUAGAAGUUGAGAGCAUCUCAGAUGGCUAUGAUGAUGGAGUAGCAGAGAGCCUUGAGGUUUACUUAGAAACAUUUUGGAGGGUUGGGUCACAAACUUUUGCUGAGCUUGUUCAGAAGCUUGCAGGAUCAAGCCACCCUCCAGAUUGUGUAAUCUAUGAUGCUUUCAUGCCUUGGGCUCUUGAUGUUGCCAAAAACUUUGGGCUUCUUGGUGCUACUUUCUUCACUCAGAGUUGCACAACAAACACCAUAUACUUCCAUACUUAUCACAAGUGGCUGGAGCUGCCUCUUAAACAGACAGAAUAUUUGUUUCCAGGGUUGCCAAAACUUGCAGCUGCGGACUUGCCAUCAUUCUUGUGCAAAUAUGGAACCUAUCCAGGUUUCUUUAAUGUAGUUGUGAAUCAAUUUUCCAAUACUGAUAAAGCAGAUUGGGUUCUUGCAAACACAUUUUAUGAACUGGAGCAAGGGGUUGUGGAUUGGCUGGUGAAGAUUUGGCCAUUAAAGCCAAUAGGACCAACUUUGCCAUCUAUGUACAUGGACAAAAGACUCCAAGAUGACAAGGACUAUGGUGUUAACUUGUAUAAUCCAAAGUCAGAAGCUUGCAUCAAAUGGCUUAGUGACAAACCAAAAGGGUCAGUUGUGUACGUCUCUUUUGGGAGCAUAGGAGAUCUCAGUGAGGAGCAAAUUGAGGAACUAGCUUGGGGUUUAAGAGAUGGUGGAAGUUAUUUCAUAUGGGUGAUUAGAGAUUCUGAGCAAGGAAAGCUUUCAAAGGAGUUUUUGGACACAUCAGAGAAGGGCUUAAUAGUCACAUGGUGUCCCCAACUACAAGUAUUAACACAUGAGGCUUUGGGGUGUUUUCUCACACACUGUGGUUGGAACUCCACAUUGGAAGCUUUGAGCUUAGGAGUUCCAGUGAUUGCAAUGCCACUGUGGACAGACCAGAUCACAAACGCAAAACUUAUAAAGGAUGUGUGGAAAAUUGGAGUCAAAGCUGUUGCUGAUGAGAAAGGUAUAGUUAGAAGAGAAACGAUCACACAUUGCAUAAAGGAAAUGUUGGAGAGUGAAAAAGGAAGUGAAAUAAAGAAAAACUCCAUCAAAUGGAAGAAUCUUGCCAAGAGCAACGUUGAUGAGGGAGGAAAUUCUGAUAAAAAUACUGCAGAAUUUGUUGAUGAAUUGGCUCAUCGCUGUGCUGCAUUAAAUUGA